CGACUGAGGGUCCCGAGCGCCGCGGGUUGCGCUGCCUGCUCCUCCUCCUGAGCAGAGCCGCAUGAUGGCGGCAGCUGCGGCCGUGGUGGUGGAGGUGAGCGUGAGCAGCACUGAGAGCAGCAGCAGCGACACAUCCAGCACCGGCGAGGAGGAGAGGAUGAGGCGCCUCUUCCAGACCUGCGAUGGCGAUGGGGACGGCUACAUCAGCAGGAAUGACUUGCUGAUGGUGUGCCGUCAGUUGAAUAUGGAGGAGUCUGUUGCUGAGAUCAUGCACCAGCUAGGAGCAGAUGAAAAUGGGAAGAUUUCCUUUCGGGAUUUUACUCGGUGCCGCAUGCAGCUUGUGCGAGAAAUCAGGAAAGAGGAAGUGGAACUUUCCGUGAAAUCAGAUGACUCUUGUAAAAAGAAGUUGUUAAGGGACAGAAUAGCCUCCUGGCCAACGAGCAGUAAUAACAGUUUGGGUGCCUUAUCAGGUGCUAGAGAAAGCUGGGAAUAUGAUUCUGGUGCAAGAGACCUUCAGAGUCCUGACCUGCAGAGCCAUUCUACCCUACAGAAGUUCUUGGAGUAUGGAGGCAGCAGUAUGAGUCAACAAGCUGCUCUGCAGAAAUUGCUAACGCAGGCCUCCAAUCUUAGCAACUCAGUUGGAGGAAGCUAUUUAGAGCUUGCCAACACUGUUCCCAGCCUUGGCAAGACAAGUCUUGUAAUUUUGCUGGAGCCAAGACAGCUCCAUUUAGCAGCCCUGGCAUCACUAAAGGGAGAUAUAGUGGAGCUUAAUAAACGUCUGCAGCAAACAGAAAGGGAGCGGGACCUGCUGGAAAAAAAAUUGGCAAAGGCGCAGUGUGAACAGUCUCAUCUAAUGAGAGAGCAUGAAGAUGUACAGGAGCGAACAACACUACGCUAUGAAGAACGAAUCACAGAGCUUCACAGCAUUAUCGCUGAAUUAAAUAAGAAGAUUGACCGACUACAAGGAACAACAAUAAGGGAGGAAGAUGAAUAUUCUGAACUACGAUCAGAGCUCAGCCAGAGCCAGCAUGAGGCUAACGAAGAUUCACGCAGCAUGGACCAGGAUCAGACUUCUGUUUCAGUACCAGAGAACCAGUCCACUAUGGUCACUGCUGACAUGGAUAACUGCAGUGACUUGAACUCCGAACUGCAGAGAGUGCUGACGGGGCUGGAGAAUGUAGUCUGCGGGAGGAAGAAGAGCAGUUGCAGUUUGUCUGUAGCAGAAGUGGACAGACACAUUGAACAACUCACCACUGCCAGCGAACAUUGUGAUCUAGCUAUUAAGACAGUAGAGGAGAUUGAGGGUGUGCUGGGACGGGAUCUGUAUCCAAACCUAUCUGAAGAGAGAUCUCGGUGGGAAAAGGAGCUGGCUGGUCUGAGGGAAGAAAAUGAGAGCCUCACUGCUAUGCUGUGCAGCAAAGAGGAGGAGCUGAACAGAACCAAGGCCACCAUGAACGCUAUCCGGGAAGAAAGGGACAGAUUGCGCAGAAGGGUUCGGGAAUUGCAAACACGUUUACAGAGUAUCCAGGCAACAGGCCCAUCCAGUCCAGGUCGUCUCACUUCCGCAAACCGACCCGUGAACCCCAGUACUGGAGAGCUGAGCACAAGCAGUAGCAGCAAUGACAUUCCCAUUGCCAAGAUUGCUGAACGAGUGAAGCUCUCAAAGACAAGGUCAGAGUCUUCAUCGUCUGACCGACCUGUCCUAGGAUCAGAAAUCAGCACCAUAGGGGUGUCUAGCAGUGUGGCUGAGCACUUGGCCCAUUCUCUCCAAGACUGCUCCAACAUCCAGGAAAUCUUUCAGACACUCUAUUCACAUGGAUCUGCUAUCUCUGAAAGCAAAAUCCGAGAGUUUGAAGUGGAAACAGAGAGGUUAAAUAGCCGUAUUGAGCACUUAAAAUCCCAGAAUGACUUGUUGACAAUAACGCUGGAGGAGUGCAAGAGCAAUGCUGAGAGGAUGAGCAUGCUGGUUGGGAAAUAUGAGUCCAAUGCCACGGCACUCAGACUUGCACUGCAGUACAGCGAACAGUGCAUAGAAGCAUACGAGCUGCUGCUGGCUUUGGCAGAAAGUGAACAGAGUCUCAUUCUUGGUCAAUUUAGAGCUGCGGGCGUUGGGUCUGUUGGGGACCAAACAGGUGAUGAGAACAUUACCCAGAUGCUCAAGAGAGCUCACGACUGCCGGAAGACAGCUGAGAAUGCAGCAAAAGCCCUGCUGAUGAAGUUAGACGGCAGCUGCGGGGGAGCCUAUGCGAUCACUGGCUGUAGCGUACAGCCCUGGGAGAGCCUGUCAUCCAACAGCCACACCAGCACUACCAGCUCAACUGCAAGUAGCUGUGAUACGGAGUUCACAAAGGAGGAUGAGCAGAGGUUGAAGGAUUACAUCCAGCAGCUGAAGAAUGACAGGGCGGCAGUCAAGCUGACCAUGUUGGAGCUGGAGAGCAUCCAUAUUGAUCCCCUUAGUUAUGAUGUCAAACCUCGUGGAGACAGCCAGAGGCUAGAUCUGGAAAAUGCAGUACUGAUGCAGGAACUCAUGGCAAUGAAGGAGGAGAUGGCAGAGCUUAAGGCACAACUGUACCUGCUAGAGAAAGAGAAGAAAGCACUGGAGUUGAAACUCAGCACUCGAGAGGCCCAAGAACAGGCCUACUUAGUUCACAUUGAGCACCUGAAGUCUGAAGUAGAAGAGCAAAAAGAACAGAAAAUAAGAUCCCUCAGCUCCACCAGUAGUGGCAGCAAAGACAAAUUGGGCAAGGAAUCCACAGAUGGGACCACAACACCAUUAACCCUAGCUGAGCUGAGACCAUACAACGACAGUGAACUGGCUGCAGAACUGACAAAUGCACUCAGACGAGAGAAGAAACUGAAAGGGAGAGUGCAAGAGUUAGUGAGUGCCUUAGAGAGACUCACGAAGAGCAGCGAAAUCAGACAUCAGCAGUCUGCAGAGUUUGUUAAUGACCUGAAAAGGGCAAACAGUAACCUUGUGGCAGCUUAUGAAAAAGCAAAGAAGAAACAUCAAAACAAACUGAAGAAACUGGAGUCUCAAAUGAUGGCCAUGGUUGAGAGGCAUGAGACUCAAGUAGUGAACACUAUUAAGGAUCUGAAACAUAACGGGCAUAGAUCAGCCUUGUGGCUUUGUCAAGUCAAGCCAGGAGGAAUGGGGAGACUAUUUUAGCAAAGAUUGUUUAUUGAUCACUGCUUGAAAUGGACAGUGUCUGAAGGUAAAGUUUCUGGUCAUACCAAGGUUACAUUCACAGUAUAUGUGAUUAUGUAUAUACACACACACAUGCAGAAUUAUUGCCCAUCCUCAAAUCCUAAUGGGUGGCAGUCCCUCCACACUUUUUUCAUUUUAAUCUUGAUGCAUUCCCUUGCUUUUAAUUUACUCCUAAAACAAUGCCAAAAUAGCACUUACUCAGAUGCUUUUGUAUGUUUGUUUGGACACAGACUAAGCCAGUUUGAUAGAUCUCCCAGCUCCCAUGUUCUCUUUGUCCUGAAAUCUUGCAGUAAGAUUCGCUGUUACAUCUAUUGUAUGUACAUGUUUGGUGAGGGGAGGUGUGCAAGAUGACAGCCUGGUUUGUACCCUGCACCAAACUUGCAGUUCUCCACACACAGUCCAGCAGAUGUAGGAGGAUAACUCCUGCUAAUUCAGAGACGUUUUACCCAGGCAGGAUUCCUGAACACAGCAACUAGAAAGCUCUUGCUGCAAGUCUACAAUGCUGUUUCAUUUCUUAUGCCCUUACAGGCUGUAUGUGGCCACAUGCUUUCUAUUUACAGUGCAGGGGCCAAGAUUGGGUAGGAAGUUACAAGGAAGUUUUUGUCCUUCAUGUUAUAUGGUAGUGCUGACAGUCAAUUUAGAAAAAGUUGGAUUUAUUUUUCUAAAAUACAUUAUAGACAAGGUUUUCCUCAAAGCAGCCGCUGUCAGGUGCAGAGUAAUAUUAGACCAGCAUAAUGUUCCAUUACACCUAUAUGUGACCAAGAGGUAGAAACCCUCUCUGCACUUACAAUGUAUUGACCAAAAAGGAACUUAUUUAUAAGGAAUGUACCUAUUCAAAAUUAAAAUAAAUGCACAUGAAUGUGCAUAUACAUAUAGAUACACACACACACAAAAUGAGUGAGCAAAUGGCUGGCUCUUAGUCCAGUGUGAGUAGAAGUUAUAUGAACACAGCCUUCUGAUGGCUGUUGUAAAAUUACAUUUAUAGGCUAUUUUUUAGUAAGUUACUGUUAUACUGUGUGGACUCUCUGUUCAAGCCAGUCUAUUUCUCAUGUCAUGCUAGCUAGCACAUGGUAAGACUGAAUGAGUCUGGUGUUUUUAGUAGAGGCUGAGUGAAGCAGAGAGAUCAGGUUGCCACCUCUAGGAAGCAGAAGGUGUAGUCUCAGGCAUGGCACUCAUCCCAGCACCCUUGGGCCUUGUUCACAGGACUUUUGUUUUCUCACUGUCGCUGAGAUUGUCUGAGCACUUAAAAUAAAACAACCCACCCUCAUCAGUUUAAUAGUGUAUCAACUUGGAGUCAAUUAACUUUGUUAUUAUUAUUACUACAGUGCUGAUAUGUUUAGUAUUGGUCAAGAUUGAGGUGCUUUCCUUGACAAAUAGAUUUUCAAAAGUCUGCUGUCAUUCCCACCUGUCACACAGGAAUUUGUUGGGUUUUUUUUGUCUGUUUUGGGACUUGUCUUGAGUUUCCUAGACAUGUUUAAAGUGAUGUGAAUUUCUCUCUAAAGGCUUCUUUAGCUUUUAAAGUAUUUCCAAAGAGCUGUGGCUAUGGUUCUCUACGCUGAGUAACCCUUGCCUAGACUAAGCCUUUGGCUUUCCUAGCUGGUAUCAUGCUUUGCUGCUUCUAGAUGUUAAGCAGGCACAAUGAGGGGAUUUGCUUUCAGGUUUUUAGGGAGCAGGUUAAAAACAGCCUUAAACUUCAAUGGUUCUUAAUGUUGGUUUCCAAUGCUUUCCUUUGGCAACUGCUGUUCUCUUUCCUUAAAAGCAGUGAAGGUUGAGUAGCAAAUCUGAGACAACAUAAGCUGCAACCAUGCCAAACCCAGCCUCCUGACUACACCAGCAUAAAUGAGACAGCAUUACUUACAAAAGAAGGGCCACCUGGUGGAACCCUGCUACCUGACUUGCAACCGCAGGGACCCAACUACAUGUGUUGGGUCUGGGUCAGGCGGGAAAGCAAGCAGAUCCUUAGGGAGUUAGGUUGGGAGUGGCUGUGCUCUCACUGCUGCGCUGUGUGUACUGUGAGAGGAGCAGAUGUUAAGACCAGUGCAUGAAGCCCUCCAUGAACAAACCCCAAGGCAGGAGGAGAGCUGGGCAGGGGUGCUGGGUCAGGUCAGAAAACAACUUGAUCCUUUCAGGGUGGAUCUGUGUCAGGCUUAAACAUUAGGCCCAAACCAACCAUUACCACCUUUUAGUUUUGGUGGGGCCAAUCCUCUUUACCCACAGAACUGUAUAAUCUCCCACUUUGAACUGCAAAUGCAGAUUUUUGCAAACCCCAUUAUCCAAGCAAUAUUCAUAUUGAUUUUCCAGUGUCUGAGUGCAGCUUUGUGCAUAGAAUUAUUUUGCUAAGCUAAAACUGUCCUUCACUGCAGUGGAAAGCUAACUGUAGUUUGAAGAUAUAUAUAUAUAUAAUUUUUUUUCAGGAUCAAUGUUAAAAAAAAAUUUGUUUUGCCCACAAGUGUCCCCAACUGUGGAAUUUUUGUGUGUGUUCCAUUUCCCAUGAUGGCUGGCUGUAGAGAGCUUGAAAGGAGGAACCCCUCUAAAAUACAGCUUUUUCUGCCUUGUUUUAAAGUAGUUUCUAUAUUUUGGGUCCAGUACCACACACACUAAAAUACAGGAGUUUUGUUAUGGGACUUCAGUGGAAGUAGGAUCAAAGGCUAUGCCUGUUUAUCAUUGGGAAAUCUUUGCUGGUGCUGAAAGAAUGUGUGCAACCCUAUUUAGAAAUGAUAGUGUGAGAGAUGCACUAAGGCUAUGGCUACACUUGCACUUCAAAGCGCUGCCGCGGCAGCGCUUUAAAGCGCUAAGUGUAGUCAAAGCGCCAGCGCUGGGAGAGAGCUCUCCCAGCGCUGUCCGUA